UAAAGAUGGCGGGUGGACCUGGUUCUGUAGCGGCUCUGUGGACUGAAGUAAACCGCUGCGGACAGAAUGGAGACUUCAGCCGAGCACUCAAAGCGGUUAAUAAAAUUCUUCACGAGAAUAAGGACGACGUGACGGCGCUGCGCUGUAAAAUCGUGUGUCUCAUCCAGAUUAGUGGUUUCAAAGAGGCCCUCAAUGUCAUCAACACCCACACCAAGUCCCUUACUUGCGACAUGGUUGGAUUUGAGAAGGCGUACUGUGAGUACCGGCUGAACAGAGUGGAGAACGCUCUGAAGACUAUCGAGAGCAUCCCCGAACAGACGGAUAAAGUCAAGGAACUCUACGGCCAAGUGCUGUACAGGCUGGAGCGGUACAGUGAGUGUGAAACUGUGUAUAAAGACCUGAUCAGAAAUUCUCAGGAUGACUACGAGGAGGAGCGGAAGACCAACCUGGCUGCAGUGAUCGCUGCACGGAGCACCUGGGAGAAAACCACAGCUGUAAAUGAGAACCUGGGGCUGCCGGAGAGCACGUAUGAGCUUUGCUACAAUGCCGCCUGCAGCCUGAUUGGCCAAGGCCAGCUCAGUCAGGCCAUGAAAAAACUACAAGAAGCUGAAGAGCUCUGUAGGAUAGCACUAUCGGAGGAUUCGGACGUGACGGAGGAGGAUGUGGACGCCGAGCUCGCUGUGAUCCAUUCUCAGAUGGCCUAUAUCAUGCAGCAGGAGGGCAGAACGGAGGACGCGCUGCAGCUCUAUAAUCAAGUCAUCAAACUAAAGCCGUCUGAUGUGGGUUUGCUGGCUGUAACUGCAAAUAACAUCAUCACCAUCAACAAGGACCAGAAUGUGUUCGACUCCAAGAAGAAGGUGAAGCUGAUGAGCGCUGACGGUGUCGAAUACAAGCUGUCCAAUAAGCAGCUGCAGGCCAUCGAGUUCAACAAAGCCCUGCUAGCCAUGUACACAAACCAGGCUGAUCAGUGCAGGAAGUUGAGUGCAAGCCUGAUCUCACAUAACCCUGAACACCCGGGACCCGUCCUUAUACAAGUGGCUCAGCUGUGCAGAGAGAAGCAACAUGGCAAGGCGUUAGAGCUCCUGCAGCAUUUUUCGGACGAGCAUCCAGAAAGCGCAUCCGGGAUUAAACUGACCAUGGCACAGCUCUAUCUGACACAAGGUCAUGUGACUAAAGCAUGUGACAUUCUGAAGUUGAUAGAGGACUUCAAGCACAAACAAGGAAUGGUUUCUGCUCUGGUGACGAUGUACACACACGAGGAGGACAUCGACAGUGCUAUUGAAGUCUUCAGCCAAGCCAUCCAGUAUUACCAAUCAAAGCAGCCUGGCUCGCCGGUUCAUCUCUGUCUUGUCCGUGAGGCUGCGAACUUUAAACUGCGCUAUGGGAGGAAGAAGGAGGCCAUCAGUGACCUGGAGCAGCUGUGGAAACAAAACCCUAAAGAUGUACACACGCUCGCACAGCUCAUCUCCGCCUACUCGCUGGUGGAUCAGAACAAGGCCAAGUCGCUGAGUAAGCACCUUCCAUCGCCCGACACCAUGUCCUUUAACAUCAACGUGGACGAGCUGGAGAACUCGCAUGGUGCCACCAACGUCAGGAAGAGGGCGACCAAAGUGGUGGGAGAAAAUCCGCCCAAGCAACAGAGCCAAGUGGAAAUCAAAAAGAAGAAGAAAAAGAAGAAAGGUAAACUGCCUAAAAACUACGACCCGACAUCAACCCCGGAUCUUGAACGCUGGCUCCCGAUAAGGGAGCGAUCGUACUAUCGGGGCAGAAAGAAGGGCAAGAAGAAGGAUCAGGUUGGCAGAGGCACACAGGGAGCCACAUCAGGAUCUGCAGCCGAACUAGACGCCAGUAAAACAGCGAGCAGCCCCCCCACAUCACCGCGCCCUGGCUCCGGCGCAGGCGCCGCCCCGAACACCGUGCCGCCGAGGCAACAGAAACCCAAUGCCUCUGGAGCAACGCGCAAAAAAGCCACGCAGAAGAAAAAGAAAGGAGGAAAAGGAGGAAAGUAGAUGGACUGCUGGACUCCAGUCCACUCCAUCACACCUUCUUUAUUUGGCCCUUCACAGAUGAGCGACGUGCAGGACGGGGUGAAGACGAGGAUUUUGGACUGAACCAACAAGUGUUAACCAGGGAUUUGGUUUUGUUUUCGACCAUCACGUUCACUGCCUGUAUGUGUUUCAUUAAACUGAAAUUCUACUUUUUUUUGUUUUGUUUCGAGGGCCUGUACGGUGUUAGAAAUGUGAAUACUCUCCAAUGAAGUCACUAGUUCACCUGUUUGAUUGAUUUUAGGGCCGUGCAUAAUACAUGUGUACACAAAAUAAAGUGUGUGCAAAUUUAAGGAAAAAGAAAGUUGGUUUAUGCAAAAUGAAAUAUUUAUUUUUAAAACUCCUGGAUGGAUGAAGCUUCUCUAUGAUUUUAACUUCAGGUAAUGUGUCCUUCAGCUGUAAAGGAGGCUGAAAGUGGAAAGAACCGCACCCAUGUAAAGUCUUAAUAAAGUUAUUGAGACAAGAA